AUUAAUGGUGGACCAGACAACUUGAAAAAUUUCUCCCAAAAAAAUUUAUAAUAUAUCAAAAAUCUAUUGAAAAACAUUAAAAUGUUUUCCGGAGGCGAUUCAAGUGGUGACGGUGUAAAUAGUCGUAAUCAAUUUAAUUGGCAAAUGACUUCGCAAACGUCUUGUAAUGUAAAUUCAGGUUCAAUCGAUUGGGCAUCUUUGGCCCAGCAAUGGAUACAAAUGAAAGAUUCGGGUGCUGGCCUUCCUGAAGCACCACCGCCUCCUAUCAUUAGUAGUAACACCAAUUCAAUAAAUAAAUCAAUAAAACAACCAACAGCCAAAUUCGAUGAACAAGGUGAAGCCGAUAUGGAAGUGGAAAAGGAAGAUGAGGUACAAGUUGUUGGAUUCGGUCAUAAUACAACACCACCUCCACCGCCGACAUCAGCUCGAUGGAUACCUAUUUCAAAUCAGCAACAACAAGAUACUGAAACAUAUUGUCCACCACAUCAAACCUGGACGUGGCCUGCACGUGUGGCCUUACCGCCUCCAAUUCUACAUGUGCCUAUAACAACUGGAUCUUUGACCCCGCCUAUUCCAAAAGAUAUUAUCAGUAGUACAACGCCACCACUGCAAAAGGCAAAUGUAAACGUCGAAUUAGCAGCUAUGUCGUUGCCCGGCAAAGGAGUUGUAGAAAAUCUUCCAAUGGACGCCGCUAAACGAAAGAUUCUUCCAGCUUGGAUACGUGAAGGACUCGAGAAGAUGGAACGCGAGAAGUUAAAACAACUCGAACGUGGUACAAAAGACAAGGACCCUUCAUCCGCAGGUACAUCAGCUGUCGAUGAGAGUGAUAUUAAUAAUUUUAAGUCUAUGGUAAAAAGUAGCAUCACGGAAAUGGAAGGUGAGAGUUCAGGUAAUGAAGAUGCUAACAAUGAAACUGAGCCACUUGAUGACACCGAUGCCGAUUCGGUACUCGCACUUCAUGCAAAUAUUUCAACAAAUGACCCAUCAGAAAACAUCCUCAAUUCGGGUAAAACGUAUGAAGAAAGAAUUGCGGAAAUGAUGAUUGGUGUACGAAAGACAUUAACGGAACUUCUUCUAGAAGUGACAAAUGAAGAAAUAGUUAUUUUAGCAAAUGAAGCAAUUCGAAAAAGAAGAGAAAAAGCUUCAUCGGUCCAAGUUAUCCGCAAAAGCGCAAUACCUUCUAUUACCGGCAAAUUGGGUCUAGAAGCAUAUGCAGACAGCGAUAGUGAAAACAGCGCAUCUGACAACGACACAACCAACGAUGAAAGCAAACGUUCUGAUGACGAUUAUGACUCUGAGGAGGAGUUGAAGGCCAACAUACGAAUUUGCCAACGCGCUUUUUUGAGAACUAUUGAAGAAAUUGAAGAUAAGAUCGAAGCAUCUGAAGUUCGCGACGAGCUUCUUCUGAAGGAGCAUCGAAAAGAUGAGAUCAAAAAAGAAGCCCCUUUGCCUGGACCCACAAUGAGUCCAGUGCAUCAAAAAACGAAACGGUUUGAUAAGGAUAUCGGUGAGCCACUACAGCCUGAUAAAAAAUCAAAUUCAAACGGUAAACGUAGAAAGGAACGGACAUCCCGAUUCAGUGAUAAUAAGGACUCUAGAAAUCGCAACAUGAGCACGAGUUUUUAUCAACCACCAGCAUUGGGUUCGGGAAGUAUACCUUCACAGACAAUGCCAGGAGCUAUACCGGUGCUUCCGAUAUCUAACUUUACAGGGGGAGAAUUUAAAUCACGAACAGGAAAUUCAUCAAUUGCUUCCCCUUCAGAAAAUGAUAAUAAACGCUCUGGCAGUAGCAGCACGCACAAAUCAUCAAAGCAAACAAGUGCAUCUACAUCAGCACAUAAUCGUCGUCACAGUGAUUCAUCCACAUCAUCUUCAGACUCUUCGUCAAGUAGCAGCACAAGCACUUCCCAUAGCAGGCGCUCUAAAUACAGUGACUCGCGUCGCAAACGAUCUUCAAGAGAACGAUCGAAGCGAUCUAGUCAUAAAAGUUCUCAUCGGAGUAGCUCUCACAGGAGUAGCUCACACCGUAGCAGUCGUAGAAGAGAUUCGUCAGAAUCAAAUGAUGACGAUCGCUACAGUAAACGAUCAUCACGUCGUCGGCAGCAUAAAAGCCACUCCUCCUCAAAGUAUUCACGAAGAAAUGAUCGUCGUCGAUCUGACUCGAGAUCUUCUCGUUCACGAACGAGGUCAAGAUCAAGGUCAAGAUCUACUACGUAUAGCUCAAGUCGACGGGGUGAUCGAUGCUAAAAGCAAAUUCAUUUAAAAUAUAUAUAUAAAUUCUUUUUUCAGGAUCUUUUGAAUGCAUACAAUCUUGUUUUGUAGUAGAUUGUACAAAGCUAAAAAUGAAAUAUGAUGUUUCAAAAAAUAUAUAAAAAAAAAAUAUUCUUCCACAUGCCUGAUCAUUUUAUCCUAUCCCUUUUUCAUUCCUAUUGUUGAGUCAUAUUAUAUUUUCAGAAAACUUAAAAAUAUUUAAAGAAAAAAUAAAAUAUUACGAGUUCAAAUUUCUUUAGCCUUGAUAAAAUAACAUUUAUUUACUUACUCGUACUUUCUUUCUAACUAAGCUUUUAGAACUUUUAACUAUAUUUAAUCUGAAAUAUAUUUUCAAAGAAAUA